AUGACAACGAGCGGCAGCGCGGGUGCUCCGCCUGAGGAGUACAAGCAGCAGAACCAGGAGAAGAGGCCGACGUCCAAUUUCUUUCCUCUAGGCUACAAAGACGCUCUCUAUCAAUGGUGGACGAGCGUCACACCACCAAUCGCUGAGCGUAAUGUCCUGUCAUUCAUGCCUCACCUCAAAGAGGCGGUCGACACCCUCAAGGACCCUUCGGCGGACGACAAGGACUACCCACCUGGCACCCGCGUGUGGCGCCGCGAACUCGUCCAGCUGCCGGGGAAGAACCGCGCCCUGAACGAAGUCUCCAUCGAGCGAGUGGGCGAGGAGGCGGAGGACACUCUCGUCAUGGUCCACGGGUACGGCGCGGGCCUAGGCUUCUUCUACAAGAACUUUGAGGCGCUCUCGCGGCAGCCAGGGAUGAAGCUGUAUGCCCUCGACAUGCUGGGCAUGGGCAACUCGACACGGCCGCCGUUCAAGAUUCACGCCAAGACCAAGGAGGAGCAGGUCAUCGAGGCAGAGAACUUCUUCAUCGACGCCCUCGAAGAGUGGCGACAGUCCCGCAAGAUUGAGCGUUUCACCUUGCUGGGCCACUCGUUGGGCGGCUAUCUCGCCGUCUCGUACGCGCUCAAGUACCCCGGUCAUCUGAAGAAGCUCAUCCUCGCAUCCCCGGUCGGCGUCCCCAAGGACCCUUAUGCAGUCAACGCCUCAAUGCCUGAUCCUGACGAUCAAUCGGUUGCUGAGGAAUUCAUUCAAGAAGAAGAGGCUGUUUCGCCACCACCCAAAGACGGGACACAAACCAAAAAUGCGUCAGGCGCCAACACGCCGAAACGACCUCUGCCGAGUUGGGCUGUCUGGCUCUGGGACGCAAACGUCUCUCCAUUCAGUUUGAUCCGUAUGGCCGGUCCUCUAGGUCCCCGAUUCAUCUCAGGAUGGACCUCUCGUCGCUUCAAGCACCUCCCGACCCCCGAGGCCGAGGCUCUUCACGACUACACCUUCUCCAUCUUCAAGCAGAAAGGAAGCGGCGAGUACGCUCUGUCGUACAUUCUUGCACCAGGCGCCUACGCUCGCCGCCCUGUUAUCGAUCGUAUCCAGCAUGUCGGCCGCCAGAAACUGCCCAACUCGGACAAGAAGGAGACUGGGUUCCCCAUUGUCUUCAUGUAUGGCGAGCAAGACUGGAUGGAUGUGGCGGGCGGUCUCGCCGCUGAGGAGAAACUCAAACAGACACAGGCCAAGAUCCUGGCCAAUGCCACCGAGGAGGAGAAGAAGGCCGAGAAUGGGAGUGUCAGGGUGGUCAUGAUCCCCAAAGCAGGGCAUCAUCUCUACCUGGAAAAUCCGGAUUACUUCAACGAAGUGAUGAUGAAGGAACUUGCAUCGACAAGGCAGGACGAUGAGAAGAGAAGGAGUCAUCAAUAA